ACGAUCCUCAACUCCAUGCACAAAUACCAGCCCAGGCUUCACAUCGUUCGAGCCCCGGAUCUCGUCUCACUACCCUUUUCUGCCUGGAAGACAAUCACUUUCGAGGAGACGGCCUUCAUCGCUGUUACAGCCUAUCAGAAUGAGAAGAUAACACAGCUGAAGAUUGACAACAACCCCUUUGCUAAAGGAUUCCGUGACAGUGGCGGAGGAAAGAGAGAAAAAAAGCGCCUAGCCAGUCACGCCUCAGACGAGUGCAGCUCGUCAAAGAAGUCACGAAUCGAAGACGCUGACAUCAGCACCGACGAAGAGGUUGGCCCGAGUGCUGCCGGGAGAGGCGGCGGCAACGACGACACAUCACCGCCCCAGAGUCCCGGCCGGAUUGUCGUAGAUGAGGACGAUGACCUGGUGCAGGUGACGAGCAGGCACGAUGAUGAGGAUGGCGACGAUGACAGCGAUGUGGAGGUGGACAAAUCUAGGGAUGGUGGUUGUGAAGAAGAACGUGAAUGCCGUGGGAAUACUCGGGUUAAUGUUUGUAAUGAUGACGCCACUGUUCAUUCUA